GGGUGUCACACUUAGAGUUGUUUGCACAAAAGCAUGUUAGGUGCAGCCCGUUUUAGGCAGGUGGUAUCGUGAGGCGAAUAGAGUCUGACUGGUUCAAUCGUUUUCCCCCUAAGCGCUGCGGCAUACUGUUAGCCUAAUACUAGCAGCAACACGAUGGCGCUGAAAGUGAACCUUACGCUAAACAAGACAUAUUUUCUUCCUGGCGAGGUAGUCCGUGUUUCUGUCCAGAUUAGCAACGAUGAGGACGCAGCGAGCACGGGAGAGAAUACAGGCGUGAAACAGCUACAUAGUCCUCUGCAUAUUAAGGAGAUUAGCUUUCAGGCUUGUGGCUUAGAGCGAACGGACUCUAGCUUUAUUAAACGCUUGCACCAUCAGGAAGUGCCGGCGGAUGUGUCCGAUGCUCGAAGGCAAGUUCGCAAUAUUUUCAGUACCGAGCCUGCGCUUCUUAUAAACGACCAGGUACUGGCACCGCAUGCUGUGCAGCACUUUCAGCUAAGGUUCCGGCUGCCCUCCGUGCUGCCGCCCUCCUUUCGGGGCACCGCUGUGCGUUUCCAGUACCUGAUCCAGGUCAAGGCCGUGUACCGGUUGCAUACAGAUGGCGCCGAGGCGGUUGCCUACGAAACCACCGCCUCCACCUCCCUCGUGGUCUGGCCCAGCUGCUCCACCACCACUGCUGUAACUGCACCCACCACCCCGCCCGGCAGCACAUCCACUCCCAGUACCGCUGACCGCCAAGGUGGCAGCAGCUCCCAGGACCCCUCCGCCAGGAGCGCAGGCGCCCUGGACUCCGCCACAGUCGCACUGCCGCAGCGGGAGCUCUCCCGCACCAGCACGGCUGGAGCAGGCGCAGCUGGUAUGCAUGGGGCUGCGGGGGCUGGAGGGCUGGCGGCGCUUAGCAGCGGCGGCGGUGCCCUGGCGUCCGGGAGCCAUGGGGGAACAGGCGGUGGAGGCGGAUGGGGGGCUGGAGGGGGCGGAGGUAGUUGCAGCGGCGGAGGUGAUGAGGGAGAUGUAGGGAUGUGCGACUACAUGUUGGGGCAGCAAUGCAGUAUCCGGUGGCAAAAGCUACGAAGCGACGUUUCUGGUGUCAGCACCGAUGGUGGGUUGCGUGCAGACUCUCCUCGAGGCGUCUUAUGCGGUGGCGGUCCUGGCCCCUACCCACCCUGUGUCGCGCCCGGCCUGCCUCCCCAGUGUGGAGUUAUCCCCUUCGGCAUAAACCGCCCAGCGCAGCGCAUCUUCCCGCAAAGCCCGGCUCUCGUCCCCAUGGCUGACACGGAUUCUGACGCGGAAACGGAGCCCGGUGGGACAACAGCCAGAGGCUUCCGCAUUCGUGCCUGGUCCGCUGCCGGGACACGCCCGUCCCCUCUCGUUCGCGACUGCAAGGCUAACAGCAACGGUGCCGGCGGGACCCCGGCUGCUUCCCUGGCCUCCCAGGUGACUCAGCGUGUGCAGUCGCAGCUCUCCGGCGGCACCUCGGGUGCUAUGGCUGGUGGCGGUGCAGGCGGAGGCAUUUGUCUGUACGGCAGCCAGCCCAGCCGGCGCGGUUCGCUCUUUGGCAAGGUGUAUGCGCUCAAUGUGGGAGAUCAGCCGCUGCUGAGGCUGCUGCUGCAGGCCCCGCUUGAGUUGGCACUGCAGCCAGGAGCCACCUUUGGCGGAGUGCUGGACUUCCGCCCGCCCCUGCUGCACGCGGCAGAAGUGGGGGCAGCCGCCUCGGCCUCGCAGGCCGCGGGACCCAGUGUGGGUGCGGUGCGGGUGCCGGUGACGUGUCAUGACGUCGCUGUGCUGCUGGAAAGCGAGGAGGUGGUGGCACCAGAGUGCAGACAGCAGUUCAAGCACGAUGGCAGCAGGGCGCCUGGCGGGGCACCCCACACUAUCCGCCGCCUACACGCGGAGCACUCCGAGCUCUGCUUCAACAGUGCGCUGGUCUCCUUCACCUUCUCGCUCCCCGCCUCUGCCACCCCAUCCUUCCGCAGCCCAAUGGUAGCACUGCGCUGGGUGCUACGGUUUGAGCUACUUGUGGGGCCACAGCUCAACUUUGCCGCCUUGGACAAACGCGCAGGGGCGCAGCGGCCCAACCUGGAGCAGCUGGUGUGGUCGCUGCCGCUGGUGGUGCGGCCGCCGGCAGCUGUGUAGCGGUGAUAGCUGGCUCAGAUAUCAAUAAACCCGUUCCCUGGUGUUAGCGCCUUCCCGUAGCUUGUUGCGGCCCGGCCGUGGGCGCUUGGUUGGUUGUUGAGCCUCUACGUUGCUAUUACACUUGCCAGCUAACAAUUAUCAAGUGCAUUAAUGGCGUUAACCUGGGCGUUCCGAUGGUGUUAAGAACGCUGGCCGCGAAUAGGAACGUACUGGAUGAACUGUGCUUGUAGAACAAGGAACGGUGGGCCCCUGGGUGUUUCCAUUGGAGAUCAGCGAAACCAAGCCUAUGCCAACCUAAGUCGUACGCUACGCGCUCCUAAGCCUGCCUAAGCGCCCUGCUUCUACUAGUAAGGCCCGCCUUCGGCGGGAGCUACCCGUAGCUCGCGGGAGGGAGCUGGAUGGACUAAGAGUAGGCAUGGGAGGUGAUGUCGAAACAAGAUGUGGUUGCACGCAUGUACGGCGUGAGGAUGCAGAAGAAUACUUGUAUCACAGAAGGAGUGGCAGCGGUUGUCGCCAAGGCUGCUAGCAAUUAAACGGUUAGGAUGCACAAACGGCUUGAGGGCGCUGCGGCACGAAACAUGCAGUAUAUCAAUGCAU